AUGAUUGAGAAGUUUGAAGUCCAAGAGGGGAGGAUGAGAUUGAUGUACGGAGCGUAUAUCAGUCAGAUCAUGCGGGUGAGACAGCUGCGCAAUGAUUGCCUUGUUGAGAGAGGGGAAACGCCAAGAGCUGAACAGUCAAGCUCCUUGGUCCUGCUCAUGUGCCCUCUCCCUCAAAACAUCAACCUCGCAUCCAUGAUGACACUCAUCUCGGAUCACAUCCGUGACAAGCUGAAGGAGCUCUAUUCUCACACAUCACGCCAUUAUCACACCCUCAACCAUAUCGAAGCUCUCCUCGCUCUUCUUUCCACUCACCGGGAGAAAUUUCACGACCCAGAGGCAAUCGAAGCAGCCAUCUGGUUUCAUGAUGCCAUCUACAAUGUCCACGCGCAGGGAAACUGUAAUGAGGUUCAAAGCGCACAGUUGGCAGGCUCUAUGCUCUCUGGGCUUGUGGAUGCAACACGUCUGAAAGGGAUACAAGUCAUGAUUGAGGCAACGGCGACGCACACUGUGCCUGAUGAGUUGCCAAGUUCUGAGGUGGUGGCAGAUGCGGCCAUUUUUUUGGAUAUGGAUUUGGGUGUUCUGGGGGCUGAGGAAGAAGCAUUUGAUGAGUAUGAGGGUGCGGUGAGGAAGGAGUAUGGGCACGUGGAUGAGCAAGGGUGGAGGGAGGGGAGGGCGGCUGUGUUGAGGGGGUUUUUGGACAGGGAAUGGAUUUAUCACUCUGAUAUUUUUAGGGGGCUGCUGGAGGAGAAGGCGAGAGCGAAUUUGAGGAGAUCGCUGGAAAGAUUUGGUGGGUCGGUGCCCUGA